GUCCCCCACCCCUGCGGUAGCCUAAACAGAUUUUUUUGUUCAUUGACGAUAUAUUGGAAACCCCUAAUAUGUCGGGACAAUCCAUCACUGACCGGAUUGCAGCGGCUCAUCACAGCAUGACCGGAUCAGCCAUCAGUAAAGCCGUCUGCAAGGCCACGACGCACGAAGUCAGCGCGCCUAAGAGGAAGCACCUUGAUUACUUAAUGCACUGCACCAAUGAGCUGAAUGUGAGCAUACCUCAUCUGGCUGACACGUUGUUGGAGAGGACAGCCAAUCACAGCUGGGUGGUGGUGUUUAAAACCCUCAUUGCUACACACCACCUCAUGAUGUAUGGCAAUGAGCGAUUUAUACAGUACCUAGCCUCCAGAAGCACACUCUUUAACUUGAAUAAUUUUAUAGAUAAAGGAGGAUUACAAGGUUAUGACAUGUCUACCUACAUUCGCCGUUAUAGCAGAUACCUGAACGAGAGGGCACUGUCCUACAGGCUGGUGGCGGUAGAUUUCACUAAAAUGAAGAGAGGGGUUGAUGGGGUCAUGCGCACCAUGAGCACAGAUAAGCUGCUAAAGACACUUCCCAUCAUUCAGAACCAGCUAGAUGCCCUGCUGGACUUUGGGGCAAAUGCUAAUGAAUUGACCAAUGGCGUCAUCAAUGGUGCCUUCAAACUUCUUGUUAAGGACUCCAUCCGGAUCUUCGCUGCUUACAAUGAGGGUGUCAUUAACUUGCUCGAGAAAUACUUCAAUUUGAAGAAGAACCAGUGCAAAGAAGCCCUUGAAAUAUACAAGAGGUUUCUAACAGGGAUGACCAGGCUGUCAGAGCUGCUCAGAGAGGCUGAGCAAGUUGGAAUUGAUCAGGUUGACAUCCCAGGUAUUCCUCAGGCCCCCAGCAGCCUGUUACAAGCACUGGAACAGCACCUCACCUCCCUGGAGGGUAAGAAAGCAAAGGGGCUCUCCAUCUGCAGGCAGCAAUUGCUGGACUCAGAUGACAACAGGCUACAACCACUAAAGGGUGUGCAGCUCAGAGACAUUGGCAUGCAGACGCCAACAGUUUCCCCCAGCGGGCAGUCAGUGGGCAGUGCCAACAGCAGCGGGAACAGCAGCGAUGCCGCGGGGCUCCUGUCCAGUCCCCCCGAUCCGCCAAUCACAAACGGUGUCCACAACUGUAACGGUGAUCACCUCCACUACAACCUCAGCACCCCAGUUCACACAAACUCCAUACCAGCCAAUAACAACAGCUGGGGAGGGGCACUACUGAAGCCCACACACAUUCAUAACCAGGGCACACAGCUCUACACGGGAGCCAAACUCCUGACCAAUGACCUGGACUCUUCUCUGGUCAACCUAAUGGGCAAUUUGCACUUUGGCACACCUCCAGCAAAAAAGCCAGAGGUGCAGUGGACCUCACUGGAUAAGAAACCAACAGGAGGCUCUGCCUGGCAGUCGAAAUCUGUGAACAACGCGACACCAUGGAACCACACACACAUGGCCCCUGUGCCCUUACCAGCCCCACAGAUGAAUGGAAUGCUCUAUACUGGAUAUGCUCCAGCCCCUGUAGCGUUUCCCGUGACGACACCCCAAGUGCCUGUGUAUGGGAUGAUCCCUCCUCCUGUGGGUCAGAUGGGUACUGUCCCCUUAAUGACCCCACAGCCCGUGAUUUACAACCAGCCUGUCCUCCGCUCCACUAACCCCUUCAGCCCUAUCCCAGGAACGCAGAUGCACUUCAUGUAGCUCACGGAAGAAUCUAACACUGUAAAAGCCAGAGAAGAAACGUCAGCUCAGCUCGAUGCAAAACCAAAUACGACGACUGAGACAAGAGC